AUGUGUACAAAUCGCAACAGCAGCGCCAAAUCGAUAGAUUUGAAUAUGAGUUUUACUAGCAGUGUAAGUUCUACCAGCUCUGCUCUUGGCGUGGACUAUGGAAAUGCUGCUGUAAGUGACGAUGUGCUUUCGCUAGCUUUGAAUCAAAAUCAACAACUUUUCCGCUCACAGAAUCCCGGACUCGCUGCCACAAAUGCUGCGGCCGCCGCCGCUGCUGCAGCAGCUGCCACAUCGGCUGCGCCACCUGGCGCUCCGAAUGGCACAAUGCAGCCACAACAGAUGGCACAAAUGGCCGCCUCACAACAAUUCUUGGCCGCACAACAGAAUGCCGCAUACGCAGCGCAACAGGCCGCACCCUACGUCAUCAAUCCAGGACAGGACGCAGCACCCUAUAUGGGUCUAAUUGCAGCACAAAUGCCACAGUAUUAUGGUGUGCAAUGGGGCAUGUACCCCAGCAAUCUGAUACCACAACAGGGAACACAACCGCGGCGGCCGUUGACGCCAUCGCAGCAGGGCGCUGAGAAUCAAUCGUAUCAGGUCAUACCGGCAUUUUUCGAUCAAAGCGGCUCACUGGUGAUGGGACCACGCACAGGUACACCAAUGCGCCUUGUAAGCCCAGCACCGGUGUUGGUACCGCCUGGAGCUACACGGGCUGGCCCACCGCCGCCACAGGGUCCACCACAACUAUAUCCGCCGCAGCCACAGACGGCUCAGCAGAAUUUAUACUCACAACAGAAUGGUUCAAGUGUUGGAGGACUCGCCUUGAACACCAAUUCGCUAACCGGUCGUCGCGACUCGUUCGAUCGGAACACAUCCGCCUUUAGCCCCUCGGCCGUGGAUUACAAUAAUAGCAGCACUUCUACACUGCAAGCUGCUGCAGCUGCCGCAGCCGCUGCUGCUGCUGCCGCGCGCGGCAAAUGGCCCGGUGCUGUGACUAGCAGCUAUGGUGCACUAGGCGCCACUGCCUCGGCUAGCCCGAUUGGCACAGCCAUCACCCCGCCGCCACAAUCGUGUCUCGUCUCUAAUCGUGCACCAGGCGCUGAAACCAAAUAUCGUCAACAAAUGGCUGUCGGCGCUGUUGGUCUACCGCCCGCUGCGGCUGCAGCACAAGCGGCACAGGCAGCUGCUGCUGCUGCCGCUGCUAACAACAUGUUCGGUUCAAGUAGUUCGCUGUUCUCGAAACUGGCUAUUCCGGGCAAUGCAGCCGCUGCUGCAGCUGCUGCUGCCGCCGCUGCCUCAACACGUCAUGCCGCAGCCACUGCCGCUGGAUUGAAUGCAUCCGCAGCUGCUGCUGCUGCUGCCGCGGCCGCGGCUGGCGCAACACAACCGGGACGUUCACGCCUUCUAGAGGACUUCCGCAAUCAGCGCUACCCCAAUUUGCAGUUACGCGAUUUGGCCAAUCAUAUUGUGGAAUUUUCGCAGGAUCAGCACGGCUCACGCUUCAUACAGCAGAAACUGGAACGCGCCACUGCUGCCGAAAAGCAAAUGGUUUUUAACGAGAUUUUGGGUUCAGCCUUUAGCUUGAUGACCGACGUGUUUGGCAACUAUGUCAUACAGAAAUUCUUUGAGUUCGGCACACCCGAGCAGAAGAAUACACUGGGCAUGCAGGUGAAAGGCCAUGUGCUGCAAUUGGCAUUGCAAAUGUACGGUUGUCGUGUCAUACAGAAGGCGUUGGAGAGUAUUUCGUCAGAGCAGCAACAGGAGAUCGUACGUGAAUUGGACGGUAAUAUAUUGAAAUGUGUAAAGGACCAGAAUGGCAAUCAUGUGGUGCAAAAGUGCAUCGAACGCGUGGAUCCAUCGGCGCUGCAGUUCGUGAUCAAUGCAUUCAAGGGUCAAGUAUAUACGCUAAGCACACACCCAUAUGGCUGCCGGGUCAUACAACGCAUAUUGGAGCACUGCACCGCUGAGCAAACACAGCCAAUACUGGAUGAAUUGCACGAACAUACCGAGCAGCUGAUACAGGAUCAGUACGGCAACUACGUCAUACAACAUGUGUUGGAGCAUGGCAAGCCCGAAGACAAAUCGAUACUCAUCGCCAGCGUGCGUGGCAAGGUUCUGGUAUUGUCGCAGCAUAAAUUCGCUUCGAAUGUGGUGGAGAAAUGCGUCACACAUGCCACACGCGGCGAACGCACAGCACUCAUCGAUGAAGUGUGCACCUUCAAUGACAACGCCUUGCACGUCAUGAUGAAGGAUCAGUAUGCCAACUAUGUGGUGCAGAAAAUGAUUGACGUCUCCGAGCCGACACAAUUGAAAAAGCUAAUGAACAAGAUACGCCCACAUAUGGUGGCAUUACGCAAAUACACCUACGGCAAGCACAUCAAUGCCAAACUGGAGAAAUAUUUCAUGAAGACGGCAAAUCCAAUUACAACAACAGCAUGCACCACACUCGCCUCACCGUCACAAUCGUCGAUUGCGGGCAACACCAGCAUCUCAACCAUAACAACAGCGGCAUGCAGCACAGCGACUGGACUGACCAUGACCACGCCCACCAAUAGCGUGGCUGCCGGCCUAACGGUUGGCACACCUAUAAUGAUCCAAGAGAAUGGCAUUAGUGUCACAGCAGUAGGUCAAACAUCGCCAGCAGUGUCAUCCUGCACCGUAUCGACAAACAGCAGCAGCGCCACCUCAGUGGUAACAGCUGUCAAUAGCGGCCUAGGACCCAUUGGACCACCUACCGCCAACGGUGUGGUGUUGUAAAGAGGCACUAACAGAGCUAAGCCAAAAUAAAAGCAUACAAAAUGCAUGCAGUACAAGUGAGGAGCUGAAGAAGAAGAAGAGAGGAAAAAAAAUCACACACACACAGAUAGAAUAAAAAUGGAAUGGACACAGUUUUAUUAGUUUAUAUUCAAUAAGUAGCAAGUAUUUACAUGUAUGAAAAGAAUGCGAGCGCCAGGACGGACUUUACUAUAAUUUAAAUGUGUAACUUAGUUUUAAGAUGCUGUAUUUUUGCGGGUUCUAUUUAGGUUUCUAGACAUUUUCUAAACAAAUUCAUGGGGGGAAAAAGAAUUCUUGCGCGUUAUUCGUAAUGAGCAAGAAAAUCUAAUUUACUACAAGAAUCUCGGAAACUGAAAACAAAUGUUGACAGGCAACGCUGGUUCACACACAUUUUAUGCUUUGUAAACUAAUGAAAAAUCAAUGAGAAUUAAUGGGAAAAUGAGAAAAUGAGAGAACAAAAAAAAAUUGAUGUCAAACGGCAGUAAGCUUCAUUUGCGCGUUCGAUUUGGGUGGCGCUCGAUUUUAAGAUAAACGUCAACCAAAGACAUCAAAAUCGUUAACAAAAAUUGUAAAAAAAUACAACUCGAUUUCAAGUUUUCUAGAAGUUAGCAAACGAGAAGAAAGCAAAGAUUGCAUACGUUUCAAAAAACACGAAACACGCAUUCGAAGCUGCUUACAAAACGAAGAAAAUCAGCAAAAGUUAAAAAAAAAGUGAACUAGAAAGGAAAACUACGCUUGAAUUGAGAGCAUUCGUUUAAGGCUUUUGUAGCGCAAGCGCGCACCAAUUUUCUAAUAAACAAAAGUCAGCAAAACAAACAAAAAUUUCGUAAAAAGAAAUAAGAAAUUAUGUGAAAAACAUGAAAAGAGAGAAGAAAAAAGAAAAAAGAAGAGAACACACACAAAUGAAGCAUAAUGAGAAACAAGCAGCAUCAAGAACACACAAAAGCGCACUCAUUUAUCAUAUAAAAGAAUUAUUUGUAAAAAACAAACAGCAACAAGAAAAUAAGUUUAGUUUUAAGAAAUGUAUCUAUGUAUUUGUAAAAGUAAUUUCUCAGUAGCGUUCACACCGCAUGCUUGCACCCACCCACACACGCGCACACGCACGUACGCGCACACCGCUCAUAGGCUCUUCCAAACGCUGCUCAUUGGCACAAAAGAGUCAACGUAGUGGCGUUUGUGAUGGCACGGGGGGAGUCGCGGAGUGGUGGUGUGGUGGCGGUGGAAAAGCUGUGCACAUGAACUUCGUGGGCACGAACGCCUUCUAAUUAUAAUUUACUGUUAGUGCUUUUGCUGCUGUUUUAAGUGUAGUUAUUUUAGAAGACUUUGGCAUGCAGUUUAUUUAACAAUGCAAACAACAUUUGAACACACACAAACACACAUGCUUAUGCAUAUAUAUAUGAAACACAAGCAAAACACACACACACACACUCACACACGCAGCGUUAGCACACAAACACUUGUAUACAGUUAUAUAUAUUUUUUUGCAUUUUUUUAGAGCGCAGUUUGAUUGGCGCAAAAAUGCAAAAAACCAAGAAAAAAACAAAAACAAAGGACUUUUGUAUAUUAUAUUUAAAAAGAGACAAACCAAACUCACAACUAAGGACUUGUUGCGCACAAAUGAGAUUUUUUGUUGGCUGAGGAGUUGGCGGUGCGAAAGAUGUGUCGAAUGGGUGUUUUCGUGAGAAUUUAGAAUGAUGUAUAAAAGUGCAUGUAAAAAUGUUCAUAAAAAUUCAUGUAAAAAUGUCAUAACUCCAAAAACAAAAUCAAUUAUAAAAAUUCAUAUGAAAAAUGGAGACUAAUGGAAACUCGAAAAUCGAAUGGAAGAAAUUGCCAAAAAAUGUCAAUAUUAUUGAUGUAAUUUACAGUAAAUGGUGUAAUAUUUUAUUAAAAAUCGUUGGACAAGCGGGAGAGUUUGCCAGAUAUAAUAAUUUGGCGAUUUAACAAUGCUAAAGAAUUAUAAAAAAAUUUUGUACCUUUUAUUAAAUGCUUUUUCGGCUUAAAUUACUCACUCACAAUGGCAAAUUUGAAAUUAAAAGCAGUUUUCAUGUAGGAAAAGCGUAACUUCAUGCACACUCGGC